ACCAACGUCACCCUGAGGCAAACAUGGCGCCGAUCGAGCUGGCCAAAGUUGUUUUUUGCCUGCAGUUAUUGUGGUUUGCUAGCAUAGACUGCAAACACGAUCAUCCCAUUCCGACGUAUUUCGGUCGAGUGCAUCCUAACGGAACUAUUGUGGACGCUAGAAAUCCAGAAAACAGGCUUAAACUAAACUUUCCUCCCAAACCAACGUGUCUGGACCCGGGCGCUGUGUUGAAGGUGUCUCCUUCUUCCAACAUAGACAAUGGCGCAGAAGUCACAGUUAUGUGGUCUGGGGUGUCAUCACCAAGUGCCAAGGAUGUUGUGAUUCUGUAUUGCCCUCCAGACGCCGAGCCAGAUCACUAUCUGGAUUUUAUUUACGUCAGUAGUAUCUCCUCUUACACGAAAGGUUAUGGCGAAUUUGCAGUUCGACUUUGGAAUCUAAGAAAGGAAUGCCAGUUUGGAUAUUACAGAAACGACAAUUAUACUCUCGUUGUGGUUAAAAGUGAAGUUUUAACUUUUAAAGGAGGGGCAGAGAUUCCCCUUCAAGGACAUUUGGCGCUGACAGGGAAUCCCACGGAAAUGAGGGUUAUGUGGGUUUCCGGUUCAAGUAAGUUCAUACCCCGUGGGAUAUAUUGGAGAGUCCCCUAUCCUUAUUCUCGUGUUAAAAGAAUCAGUGGUGCAAACAUACUGUAGCCUGCAUAAUAGGCACUUUAUGAGCCCAGUACGGUGAACGUGGCAUUUUGUGCGAAGCACAAAUUUUUCUCCUCCCCUCGUCUCGCUCUUCGCACUCGUUUCGCACUUUGCGCAAAAAUGCCGCAUUCGCCUCGCUUGGCUCAUAAAGCACCUGUUAUGCAGGCUAUACAUACCAUUGGGAAAUGUAUUUCUUUAUCUUCCAUUCAACAACUUGCCACCAAGAAUCAGGUUUUUUUUUUCUGCGUUGAGCAACUACAGAAUACAGUAAGAUCUAAACAGAAGUUGGCUCGUUGGCUCACUAGUCCUGAACAAGUGUUUAAAAAAUGAGGAAGAUAAGUCUGAGAUAGCAAGUAUGGUACAUAUAAGUGUAAAAGAACAAGGAAAGGUAUAUAUCGCAGUGGCUUGGUGGGUUGUCAUUUGAGGUUCGAGGCUUAAAGAAGGAGAAAGGUAUAUGUUUCACUGGCCUGGCAACUUUUCAGCUGGGAUUGCUGAGCUGCCAAACAACCCCAACGAAUGUAACUUUAUUUUUCUUACCGUAGAAAAUUAACCCUGCAUUCUGCUCUUGUGCUUUUUUUCUCUUUUCAGAGGACACUCCCAUUGUUCAUUAUGGCACAGACCCAUCUGUGAUGUCUGUCGUCAAAGGAAACAUCAGCAAAACAUACACUGCAGAUGAUAUGUGUGCAGCGCCAGCUAAUAGUGCACAGUUUGUGGAUCCUGGUUUCAUCCAUGAUGUUUUGUUAACAAACUUAGAGCCGGGAACACGAUAUUAUUAUUCCUAUGGGUCAGAAAAGGUACGUGUAGGGUUUUUAGAACUUAUAUAUGGCUAUUUCAAUAACUUAUUUAUCAAAGUAAACCCGUAGGUAACCCAUGAAUAAUUGUGUAGAAGGUCCUCUUGACCCCUCCCACAUCUUUGACCUCAGAACUUUUGCGCCACUGUAUCUCAACCACAAACCAAAAAUACACCAAACAACCAGCCAAAUAACUACCUGCUAGGCAGGCUACUACUAGUGUCGAGAAGCAACUGACUUUUUCGUGCCACCUUUUAUGAUGAAAACUACUAAUAGAAGGUAAUGGUUGUACAUUUUAAUGCCUUGGUAAAUUUCCAAGCUUAAUAUGAUUAUACCAGCUAUGAGUGCAAAGUUUGUGAUUCACUUUAAGAGAGAAGAUUACCAAGAGCUAUAAUUCAUAAUUAUUGAUAUUAUAAUAUGGGUAUAUAAUUGCAGAAUAUAGCAGGUGGAUGAAGAGGAUGCUGUCAGGGGAGGGUCGAGUUCGUUAUCAGGACUAAUUUGUGAAAUUAUUAAUUCAGUUGGUCGGGGAAAUGCUAUGGCAACCAUGUCAAAACAAGAGAAAGUCCUUUGUGUUUCUUAAAAUCAAGUUAUGAAUGUCUCUCAUUUCAGUCAAUGAGUCCUGUUCACCAUUUCAACACCUCACCACCAGUAGGCUCAGAGGAUAAGUUUACAGCCUUGGUAUAUGGAGAUAUGGGUGUUUCACCUGUACCACGGGCUUAUAAAACAGCUGAAUAUGCAACAAGGGAAGCACUAAGUGGAAAUGCAGCAUUUGUCUUUCACAAUGGUGACAUAUCUUAUGCUCGAGGAUAUGUAAGUGAAUUUAACUGGUUUUUUUUUAUCCCCCAAGGUUGUGAUUCCUGGAAAAUUAAUAAUAUUGUUUUGUUGUUGUUGUUCUUAUUGCUAUUAUUAUUAUCAUCAUUGUUGUUAUUAUUAUUAUUAAAAAGGUUUGAACUCCAUGAGUCCUUUUUACUUCCACAGUCAAAUUAUUAUAAGACAUGUACCAUGUGAUGCAAGACUAACUUUGAGACGGUGGGUCCUUUUUACAGUAUUCCCAUAGCAUAACCUCUCAAAUGAGACUUCUUGGGCAGUGCUUUCACAUGAUGCUAUUGUUAGGUUUUUGUUACUUGAGGGACUCCUGAGAAUGAAGUGAUUACAGAGUCACUGCCCUGUCCGAUUUAACAUACUCAUGGUCUCAUGAAAUAGAGAGGAGCUUGCUUUAGGGUUGAUUUAAUAGCAAGGGAAAAUUAAACUACCAAGAGUUGUGAGAGAAGUAAACACCAGUGCAACCAAACUGAUUAGAAAAUGCAUCCGAAUGGAAAUUUUAUUUCUAGAUAGCUUGUAAUUAAAACUGAUUUGAUGAACUGUAAUCCCCUGUGAUUCUUGCUUAUAAUCCUGCACUUGAUCACUAAAACACUUGUUAUAUUUCCUCAGGUAGAAUCUUUCCAUCUAGUCUAAUGGUAUAUAUUUAGUAGUAAUUGGCAAUAUAAAAUGUGCAUAAGUGGAGUAAAUGUUAAUUUUUUCACAGAGUACUGUCUCUUUUACCCUUUGAGGUCAUUUCCUCCUUAUAAUUCUGUAUGCAUUGCAGGCCUACAUUUGGGAACAAUGGCAUGCAGUUAUUGAACCAUAUGCCACCAUUUUACCUUAUAUGGUGGGCAUAGGGAACCAUGAGCAGGAUCACAUGUCAGGAGGGUCCAAGGACCCCAGUGGGGCCCCAGGAGAAGGCUUCCAUCCUUGGUGGGCCCCAGGUUAUGGCACAGAUUCUGGUGGAGAGUGUGGCGUACCGAUGUAUUACCGUUUUCAUAUGCCUGACAAUGGAAAUGCAGUUUGGUGGUGAGAAGAUCAUUAAAAUUUAAUGUUAAACAAUUAUGGUCCAGAUAAGAAGGAAAGUAAGAGUGACAAGACCUCACUAUUGUCUGUACUACACAGUCUCCUGAUUGGUUUAAACAGCAUUUUGUUUGAAAACCUCACAAAGCAACAUCCAGAUUAAUCCUUAGUUUUCCAUACGACUUCCUUAUGACAAAAUCUUGUCUGACUCCAAAUAACAGAGAAAUCUUAUGUGAAUUUCAUAGAACAUAAACUUUUCUCCUCUCUUGUUUGCAACUCUUAUGAUUGGUUAAAAUCUUUAAACACAAGGAAAUGCCCUUUCAAAGUGGAUUUUAAUACAUUAUAUUUCAUAAAGUGCCUUUCAGUAGUUUCAUAUAUUCUUUGUGUAAAAAUAAAAACGUUUCUAUUUGAGGAAAGCAUAUUGCCUCAUAACAAAAGAAAUUGCCUCCUGCAUUAUCCAGACCAUUCCUUAACAUUCUUUGUUUGUGGUGAAGAAAGAGCACUUGUCUUCUCUAUCUAGUAACGGGCACUUCACUCAAAUAUUAUUUGAAUCAAAAUGGUACAAAAAAUAACAUAGCAGUCCAUCACGAUUGUCCCGCGCUUGAGUGAUUAAAGAAGGAAGAAGGGAUAUAAUGUAUCUCUUCAGGUGGGCAAGUGAAAAAAGGCUGGUGUAGACCAUUUUCUUCUCUGCUUGUUCACUACCUGCUGUCUCACUGUGACAGCUGCUUGCCUUCUAGCCUAAGCCAUCGAAAGAACUACACUUCUGGUCUCUGAAACAGCACCAAGAAUCCUUGUUCUGAGCCUCCAACAUUGUUUUGUACCAGGAUUUGAGUACCCACCAUGAAUGGCAUGUUAAAAAGAUAUUAUCAAUGUGCCAAUCAGGUUGAAGGGAAAUUUGAAAGGCAUAAAUUUCCAGUAAUCCGUUGAAUCCACUGGGGCCUAGAACAGGGAUAUCAGUGCUGCUUUGCAGACGUUACUAUUCGGGGAUAGAUUAUGUUUGUGAUGCAGGCUACUUGCCUUCAUAACUGACUGAAGAAGGAGUGCUAGCAGUCUACAAUACUCGUAAAAAAUCUUGAAACACUUGUGCGUUUCCCCUUCCCGAAUGUUGAUUUGGGCAUUACAGUCGUCUCAGUGCUCCAAAAUACGCGUAAUCCACUCAACAUUGGGGAUGGAGAGGGGCACAUUUGAGUGAGAACAAAGGUCUGAAGAGUGAAUGUAAGGAAUUUUCGAGAAAAUUCAAGAGAAACGGUUUCUGUAAUGCAGGCUGUAUGCUUUAUUUACUCUAUCAUGUAUUUGAUGCCAAUAGGUACAGCUUUGAUUAUGCCAGUGUGCAUUUCAUCAUGAUGAGUACAGAACAUAACUUUACUCAAGGCUCUCCACAGUAUGACUGGAUGGAACAAGACCUGAAGAAUGUCAACCGCUCCCUCACCCCCUGGGUGGUCAUGGCAGGUCACAGAGCAAUGUACACAAGCCAGAUGAUCGAAAGUAAGGAUUUACUUGAAAGAGCACCAAGCUCUUAUUUACUUUCUUGUCUUUUGGAGCAGUGGGUCUUAUUUGGGGCGUGGUGCUUAAUUAAAACUGCCUAUUUACAAAUGCUUGAUAAUCUCUUCUCUGUAUUAUUAUUAUUAUUAUUAUUAUUAUUAUUAUUAUUAUUAUUAUUAUUAUUAAAUUAUUAUUAUUAUUAUUAUUAUUAUUAUUAUUAAAUUCUGAAUUCUGUCGUGGUCCAGUUCACUACAAACCUACAACAUUAAUCAAAAACACAUCAUUUUCCGGUAGCCAGCUUAGCAGGCUCUUGGAAGUAAUGGACGCAAGGAAGAACAGAGCGUGCGAGGAAGACUCGCGUAUCUCCGUCGGGCGUCCCUUUUUUUUUUGCAUAUUACGUUCAAGCACCUGCUCCGCUGGUUAUUUUUCCUGCAACAGACUCAGGGUUCGUAUAGGUCAUGGAAAACCUGGAAGGUCCUUAAAGUUUUGUUUGGUAGAUUAGUUACUGCAGGUGACAAAGCAAGGAUAACGUAAGAUAAAGAGGAGUAAUUAAACAGCGCAAACGGCACGCAUUUUGGUGGAUACCAGAGUUUGUUUCUGUUGAACUGUUCAAGGUAAAAAAAAUAUGCUAAAACAAGUAAAGUUUUGAAAAUUUCGAAAAUGACAGCCAAACCUAAAGUCAUGGAAAACUAAAGAACUCAAAAGAGUACGAACCCUGACUCAGUUAGGGCUUUCGGUACACGUUCUUACUUUGAUUGGCUAACGAUGGAACAAAGUCUGCUCCUUUGCUUCAAAUGUGUCUUGUACUGGUUGACUGAUAUUGGUCCGGUGUACCUAUAUGGUUGUUAGUAACAAGUAUGUAACAGGUUCCUCUCCUCCCAUUUCAGGCGACUACAUCAUCUCGCUUGGAAUGCAAAAGGCGUUCGAGUCGUUGCUUCUUAAAUACAAAGUUGACUUGGCCUUCUGGGCGCAUUACCACAGCUACGAGCGUACAUGCCCUGUGCGGUUGGGCCAGUGCACCCCUGGUGCUCCUGUGCACAUCGUCGUGGGCACAGCUGGCAAGAGUUUGGAUCUGGAAGAUUAUUUUCCUAUGAGCUGGUCUUUAUAUCACGAGAAUAAUUAUGGGUAUGGAAGAUUAACUCAAGCUAACCGCUCGGCACUUCAUUGGGAGUGGGUUGAAAACACAAGCGGCGUCGUUAAAGACCAAGUCUGGUUGACUAAAUAGGCUUUAAUAAAAGCCUUCGUGUGAGGAUUUUCUUUCUAUCACUCUCUCCCAUUUUCGCACCCCUCCCACCCCCCACCCCUCCCUCCCUCUCCACUUAGGAAAUGCUUCCCUGUUAGCAGAGGUCUCUCACGGCGAAAGAAAAAUGAUUAGAAAGAGAGAGACCUCUCCCGGCCCCCGAUGCGUUUUCUAUCGUGUACGGCGUUUACUUAACAACCAGUAACGUUUUAGACACGUAGGACACAACUUACAAAACCGGUUUGCGCAAUAACUACUGUGGGCUCAGAAAUCCCCAGCGUGCUGUCUAAACAGGGCACGCGCAUUCCACAUUAAACGAAACUGGUGUUCUCUAGUCGUCGGCUAAAUGAAAGCGUCGGAGGUCGGCAGCAGAGGUCUCUCUCUUUCCUCUCCUUUUUCUCCUCCUCCCGUGAAAGACCUCUGCCUGCAGGAAAAGGGAAAACCCGUGCUCAGUCUAAUCUUUUCUCGAUGAUUGUUCUUUAGCAACUGUUAUUUUUCUAGAGAAAAUGAAUGGAUUAGACGGACGUUUUGUAAAAUAUUUUGGUGUGAAGUAAAUAAAUAAAUCACGUGUAAAGAAAGAAAUUAUGGUUAAGAGUAGCACAACUACAUUGUGGUUAAUCGCCAACGUCUCCUGAUGGAAUUGGGAUUUGGAAAUGUUGGUUUUUGAGGAGAGGGAACGGGAAAACCGGGCUACUCAGGAAGAAAUCUCUUGGGACAAGGAUACUGAAGUACCAACAGCAAACUCAACCCAUAAAUGGCGUUUCACGCGGUUAAAGGCCGAGAGGAAUUUGCAAAAGCUAAGCAAAGUACUUCGAAGCUAAGGUUGUUUCUUUCAGUGUGCUGCACAUGCAGAGUUGUUGUUUUGCUUAACAAACGUAUAACUAUUUUGACGACCUCGUUGCGGUCGUCGUCGUCGAUGCUAAAGCUCCCUUUUGUCUCAGGAGCGCCACGGGACGCGAGGAGACAAAAUCGGCUGCAAGGUAAACAACUUAAACUGGAGCAAAAAUCAAAACGUAAAGCAGAUCCUUGUUAUUUAUUUAUUUAUUUAUUUAUUUCGCUACUCAUUUCUUUCUUUCGGUAGUUUGAGAUUGCAGAACAUAACUAGUACCUGGAAGAUCUCAGCAUUGUGCCAAAACUUAACCCACAAAAUCGUAAUCCUAAUUUCCGUGUCUUAAAAAUUUUCCAUCAAGGGUUAAAUGGAUAUAAUUCCGCACCAAAAAAGAAGAAAAUUGGAAAUAUUAAUUACAAAAAGAACUUGUAGAAAUUGAAUGUUUGUGUUUAUUCAUCAUCUGAAUUGAAGCCUUCUCGGAUACACAGCAAAAUACGUUGAAUAUUACACAAACCACCGCAUUUCAAAAGGUUGGGCAGCAAGGUUUCGAUACGUGGAGGCACCGCCUCCUGGCCGAAAAGGUAUCCCUUUCGUAUGCCUUCUAGUUAAAAAUGGUACCCCUUAAGCAUAACUAGUUGAGAAAUUUACAUCCCUUUCAGCUGCCGUAAUGCAUCAGUCAAUUCCACCUGCGCCCAGGCCCACCCCCCCCCCGGGCUGACCCCAGGGAAUUAGCAUUUUUUUUGCCUUGGAUGGCAAAUUCCCGGGGGUGGGGACCCUUGAGCUGGCAAUUCCCCCGGGGUGGGGAAGAAAAAAGAGGGCAAAUGCCCCGUCCUCCCUCAACAGUGCAACAUUUUUUAUUGAUCGCAGAGUCCAAUAGUGCCAUUUUAAAGUGCGAUUUUUUGUUUCAAUUAAAGUCUUCCUUUGUAAUAGCGCUAGGAUUCUAAUUAAGAUUUCAGGCCGCGACGACAUGCACUAGUUUAUGGUUUUAGUAUUGAUAUAAAAUUAUUGACAUUAAAAUUAAUAGAGCGCUGUAAAGUUAUAUGUUAUUUUUGCUUUACAUAGGAUCAGCUCAAUUAAUUAGAAGACAGGUUAAAAUUGAUCAGUUCUGAAUUUGCUUUUCAUUUCGAUAGAAUAUUUUCAAUAAUCGUUUAACAGCUGUCCGUAUUGAUGUUUGUUACAGUCUAUCAUGAUGCCUGUAUUGAGAAUCUUUUAUUGCGUUUAAUUUUAUUCACAUUUCGAAUAAACCUUAAGGCCCCCCCUCCGUCAAAUGACUGAGUUUACUUUGAGCCCCCCUAUCUUGGCAGCAACUUUAUGUAAUGCCCCCCUUCUAGUUUUUCAGCCCCCUCCUGAUAAUUAUUGCACAGUCCCUUAACGGAGGGUUUUUUGCGUUACCGGUUUGAGGGGCUUACACAUGGAGGGGCUUAUUUUCGGAAUUUUAUGGUACCCGAAGCCUGAAAAAGGUACUCCUUCGGGCGGAGCCUCCCUAGCUGUAUACGCCAUUAUUGAGAGUAUCCUCCCCUGUGUUGGACGCGGCUGCGAUACGGGCGUGGGGCACUAUAUGAAUCUUAACCGAAAAAUCGCUAAAAAAUACCUGCCAAAUUUUCCUACCAAAAAAAUCCUUCGAUCAUCUCCGUCACUUUGAAUCUGGAGUACCCUCACCUUCCUUGGAUUCCACUCCUGUCUCAUCGACACCUGUAGAUGAAUAUGAAAGGGCAAACUGAUCCUUACGGCAAGGCGAUGAACAAGUAAACAAAAGAAUAAAACAAAACAAUAUAAAUUUAAACAAAUUGACCAAUAUUUCGGUUUGAAAACAACCCUACUUCAAGGGCUAAAAGAAAAAUAUGGAAAUAAAACUAAAAGUUCGUUACAAAUAAGAUUUGAAAAAGUGACAAUAAAAACAAUGGAUUGUUAUUGUUGUUGGUUUUCACAUGACUUCACUACAAAACUAUCGAUCCUACCGAGAUUUCGCAUUCAUGGUGUAUUAGAGCAGCUGAAAACUAAUUUUCAAACAAAUUUUCGCUCUAAAAGUUUUUCUACAAAAGCGUGAAUUUAUUCUUCGAGAAACUUAUAAACAUUAAAGUAAUACUUUUUCUAAUACAGGAACUGUUUAGAUAACAAACUAUCCUGAAAUAAGUCAUUGUUUUUUAACCUACAUGACAGCUCACGCAAAAGCUUAGAAAUUCAAGUGUACUCUAUCACAAAACCAAGAACUGUACCCUUUUGACAUAGUUAUUAGAGGAGACUGGUUAUGAAAAGCGGCAAACAUCAAUGAUAAAAGCAACAGUGCUGCAGUUUAUGUUCAAAGCACCGUGAAAGUGCACAAUCCUUUGUUUUCUGUUGGCAAAUUGUUACGGAAUAAAUUAAUGCAACGUUUUUAUUGGUCAAUACAAUCAAAAUGAUAGGAAUUCUUUUGAACGAUGUGCACUUUCAGGUCCACAAAAACAUAUAACAAAGGAGUCUGACGGGUUUCAUAACCAUUCCACUCAAUUAACUAUGCUUUUGAAACGAAAAUUUGUAUGAAAAUUAGUUUUAAGCUGCUCUAAUGCAUCGUGAAAGUAAAAUCUCGGUAGGAUCGAUAGUUUUUUAGUUUGAAUUUUAGUGACGUUAUGUGAGGGGAAAAAAGAGUCACAUUGUGGCCAUGUGUCAGGUUACACAAUGGUUAAAGUGCGCAAAUUCUGCUGAUAGUCGUAGGGAAACAUGGCAUCUUGGUGGGCUGUUGUGGUUUCGUGUUUGCUUCUUGGCUUAUUUAGCUCAGAAGCAAAGAAAGGCCAUCCAGUUCUUACAUAUUUCAGACGAAGUAACUCUGAAGGCGUUAUUUUGGAUGUGCGAGACUUGAGGAAUCACAUCAAUUUUACUCACCCUAUCGUCACCAGAUUUGCUCCCGCGGCCACUUUGAAAGUCAGUCCGGAACUGGUGGAAAACGGGGAGUUGGUGAAUGUUUCGUGGAGUGGAAUAUCUCAGCCGGAAAAAAGCGACUUCAUCGCGUUUUACUGCCCAAUUGAUGUUGAAGCAAGCCGGUAUUUGGACUAUUUCUAUGUCACUGUCUCAUCGAAUUAUACAUCUGGGUACGGAUGGAAUCAGGUUAAUGUUUACAACAUGAGGACGAGCUGUGAGUUCCGAUACUAUCAGAAGAACUAUAUUCAUGUUGCGACGAGCAACCUGCUGAAAUUUAAGGGAGGCGUUUACGCCCCUUUGCAAGGACACAUUGCUCUCACAGGCGAUCCAACACAAAUGAGAGUUAUGUGGCUGUCUGGAACAGGUAAGGUUUUCAACGGUACAAAAUUGUUUCCACUUUAAUUAUGCAACCUCUGACAAAACCGGUAGAUCAAGUUGCGAAAAUUUCCUCGCCGUUUUCUUGUCUCGUGACUAGACUAUCAGGUUAUCGGAUGGGGUGAUGUUUUUUCGUUGUCGUUAGCGUGACAUUUUGUUUCUCUUCAUGGUUGUAAGUUGUCACGUGUUACAGAAAUUGUUUAUCCACCAAAGCGCACGAUCUCGAACAAAAAAUCAUUAAAACUGACAUCUUGCUGAAUCCAUGAAUUGAUAUUCGAACCUAAUUAAACGAAAAGUUGCGCAUUUACAAGAGAAACGAAAGCAAGCCUUAAGGCAAAUUGCAUAGCCUGUGUAUAGGCUACAAAUUGCAAAGACAUGUUUGGGAUUUAUGGAGUCCAGAAGCGGCUUAAUUAGUUAAGUAAGAUGGGCUUUUUCUGCCAAAGCUUUAUUCUUUCUUCUCAAACGAGGCCUUGUGGAUCUCUUUUCUGAACUUCGUUGGAGGAGAGAAAAGAAAGAAAACCUCGCAAGUACUCAUUGAAAAGGCAUUUUAAGACAGACGUGUCUUAACCACUCAAAAGCGCGAACAAUACUUUUUCACGUGAAAAAUAGUAGUUUCGUCUAAUCAGAAGGCACUAACACUGUUUUCUUAAUGCAUGACUUCGUUGUCCAUUUCCCCUCCUUUCGGUAUUUUCGUCGCCUUUCCUUAUUUUAUCAGUCACACACACUGAGAUAAAAGAAAAAAGGAUUUUCCUUGUAGAUCGGAAAAUGCAGUGAAAUAGACAGUGUCACAGAAGAGGACGUUGUCAUGACAAAGCCCAUCACGCUCUCUUGGUUGUAAAACAGUACUUUAUGGAAAGUCCUUUGUACGGUAUGUGCGAGGGCAUAUAAAAGUAGUGGCCUGGUAUCUACGUACGUACUCUGAUUCUUUCUGCUAAAUUUAUUAGACGUUCUUACGGUACAUAAUGUUUAUCGAUUUCAGAUUCUAAAAUUCACGUACCUCUGGCAUAAAGGCCUCCUUCCAAAGCUGUUCUCAAACUAUUUUCAAUAUGCCAAUAAUGUCCACAAAAAAAGUGUAAUGUCCGUAAAAAAAGUGCGAACUAAUACGGGGAAACAAACAAUCGGAUAUGCUGCAUGUACCGUCUGGGACAAAAUUCCCUUAACUCUUAAGGAACUAAACACGUACCAAUUCCAAAAACAUUUGAAACCAUAUUUGUUGUCAGAACAACAUAGUUAACAUAACUUAAGGAUAUACUCUUUCUUUCUUAUCUUAAUACAUUGUAUUUUAAAACUGCUUCUUUGGAAAUAAAUUCUAUCUCAAUUCUCUAAAACUUUAAAUUCUGGAGAACUGGCUAGAAAAUCUUAGGAUUAUUUCAGCUCCAGGCCUUAUUAAGUACAAAUAAAUAAAUAUAUAUUUUUUCUCUCUUUAAUGUAUAUAAUUAAGUACAAGGCGAAUAAAGGUAUUGUUGUUGUUGUUGUUCGUUGCGCCAACGUUGCGCCACUCGUUUGAUUUGUGACAUAAGUCGUUGGUAAAUACUCCUCUGUAUAGUUACUGGGUAACUACUAAACCCCGAAUAUUUUCCUUGGUUGAUGCUUACCCUACCGGCUUCCAAGUAACGAAGCUUAUGAUUAUGCCUUUAGCGGGUUUCUUUCCCUAAUUAUUUUCUUUCUCUUAAUUUAGAUGAUAUUCCGGUUGUGAGCUAUGGAAAAGACCCGUCUUUGCGUCUCACAGCCAAAGGAACCUCAAAGACGUACACCAAGACGGAAAUGUGUGGACCGCCUGCAUCGCUAAAUGGCUUCUCAAAUCCUGGCUACAUUCACGAUGUUCUACUGACAAAUCUCACUCCGUCUUCAGAUUAUUUUUACUCCUACGGAUCUUCUAAGGUUCGUGAGUCAAAAUUUAAUCGACCGAAUUAGUUCGACUGUUUUGAGUGUAAAUCGACAAAUUGUUGAGCAGAACGCUCAUAUGGUCUAAUCAGUAUGUUCUUAUUUGUUCCUCAGAUGAUGAGUGCUGUGCGCAAGUUUCGAAGCCAGCCAAUCACAGGCCCCGAUGAAUCGUUUAGUUUUGUCGUUUACGGUGAUAUGGGAGUGACCGCUGACCCCGGUUCGCAUGAUACUGCAAAGUACAUGAUUGAAGAAGCCGCGAAAGGCCGCUCAUUAGUUUUCCAUGUCGGAGAUAUCUCUUACGCACGAGGAUAUGUAAGAAAAAGCUUCUAAGGGACGGACCAUUAGAAAACUUAUGGGGGGUGGGCGAAGCUCAAAAAAAAUUUCGGUUUAAUUCAAAAAAAUUCUUGAACGCCAAUUAACCCUAAGAAAUAUUCAUGCAAGGGCCUGAAAAAAAUUCAUACAAGGAAUUUGAUAACGAAAAAAAAUUCCUGCGGCUCGAAAAUUCCCCCCCCCCCCCCCCCAUAACUUUUCUAAUGGUCCGUCCCUAAACACUCUAGACAUGCUAUUAUUUUUGUCUAGGUUCACCCGCCUUAAAACGGACAGGACGGCGGAUCUGCAGUCAUUUCAGGGCACAUAAACGGAAGAAUAUAUCUUGUUGCUUGCCGUUUAUACCAAAAGAAAGUUUGGGAUUUCAUUAGCACAUUUUAUAAGAGUAAAAACAAGCACUAAUUUUAGCAUAAAAAACAUCACCUGCGGAAAAUGCUUUUCAACCGCUGUUGUCGUAUUUCAACGAAUUCACCCCUUGAAUUAACAAGCAGGUUAACUUUCAUUUCUUUCAUAUUUUAAGUCUCUCCUGUUUUUCAUUUAGGCUUACAUCUGGGAUCAAUGGCACGCACUCAUCGAGCCGUUCGCAACAAUAAUGCCAUAUAUGGUGGGCAUAGGCAAUCACGAGCAAGACCAUAAUUCAGGAGGCUCCAAGGACCCCAGUGGCGCCCCAGGUGAGGGCUGGCACCCCUGGUGGGGCAACUUUGGUGAUGACUCAGGGGGAGAGUGUGGGGUACCCAUGUACUAUCGAUUCCACAUGCCUGACAAUGGAAAUGCUGUGUGGUGGUGAGUUUGUGUUAUUGGUCAUUAAUGAACGAUUACCGGGCUCCUGACAGGAUGAUUACUCGCUAUAUUUUUAUGAUAUAUUUUAAUUUAUAACCAUGGCUCCUCAGGAUUUUUUGCCAUCAGCAGACUCACUUGUUUGAAGCAUGUUUGAAGUCAUUGACGCAUUAAAAUGGCGUUGUAAGGCAUAGCAAGCUCUCCAUUUCUAGUAAGCGAAGCGAGCCGUGAGGGAACGCGCGAUCAGGCUCCUCGCACACUCGCGUCUCCUUUAGCGUGCUGCUCUCGCGUGACUUCUCGCGACUCUUCCCAAUGGAUAAUUUGCUCGCAGGCUAUGUAAGGCAGGAAUGGACACCCUGCAUUCGGCCAAUGAGCUUCCAGAAUUUCACACAGAACACGAAUAUUAACUGUAGUUAACUACUGUAUUCCGUGAAGUAAUAAUACUAUACGAUCUUGCUAACUAUCAAGUAUUUUUUAGGUACAGUUACGAUUAUGGCAGCGUACACUUCAUUAUGAUGAGCUCAGAGCAUGAUUUCAGAGAGGGUUCGAGGCAAUACAAGUGGCUAGAAAAUGACUUGAAAAAUGUCGAUCGAAAGAAAACGCCUUGGGUUGUGCUCGGCGGACACCGGCCGAUGUAUACCAGCCAGGAAGUAUUAAGUAAUAACAAUAGUUAAAAUUUACAACGAGAGAUUAGUUAUCACCAACUUUUAAGACAACUUAAAUACUUUUAAAUGGCGCGCAAGAGUUCUUAAUUCAACAUUUAUUUGGCUUAUGUCUUUUUGGCUAUAAAACACGAUUAGCUUGUGGACAAAUGUUCUUUCGUGGUACGUCUGUCGAUAUGACGAGGUCAGUCUAGUCAUCUUGGUACUGGCGAAUCCUGCUUUUACGCUGGCUCGUCCCCAGUCCCUCACGAUCGCGUAUCUAAAGAUAUUUUAUUUACUAAACCUCUUAAGCUACGGUAAAACAGGCCGCAAAACAUACAACUUGUUUUUCAACAUUUCUGCAAAGCGGUUGAAAAGCUAUGUUGCGCGCCUUUUUACCAACCACGUUUAAACCUGUCUAGCAACAAACAAGGUUAUAGCCUGCGUCGCAGACAUUCUUAACCUUCUGUUUAUAGCCUAUACCAAUGGUUUACGCGAUACGUGGGCUGGCUACAACGCAGGCUAAACAGGUGGAUGCAAGUUGCGUGAAUACCGACUCCUGACUGGAUAAAAUUACGCGGGAGUCACGCCAUAAAUGGAUUUACGUCACUUGCUUCAAAAUAAGUUUGCCCCAUGGGCUAGUAUAACGUGUAGCACACGUACAGAUUUUGCCGCGAAAAGAAGAACUACUCUCUUCUUUCUGCAACAAUUUUUCGCAACCUGCAAUGACCUGAUUUGUUGCAAGGCAGGUUGAACGUGGGUGGUAAAACGCGCAAUAUCGCUAUUCAAUUCGUUUUCCAGCUAUGUCGCACUGAAACAAGUUGCACGUUUCUGUUAUCCGUUUUUCCGUACCCUUAAACUUAUGUUUUGUUUUUCCGAGGUAGGUCCCUUGAUGAUAUUCUAGAGAACUGUUGUUUCUUUAAAAUGACAUUUUUUUCUUAUUGACGUACGUGUAUGCGCAUAAUUUAUGAAAAGUAAGCCGAAAGGCGCAAAUUGUCUUAAGACUUUCACUUGGAAAGCAAAACAUAUCAAGUUAAAAAGGUCUAUUAUCAUUAUAGACGAGAUCGAGAGUAGGCGCCAAGGAAGAUACGAGGAGGUGGGGGGGAGAUUAGACGGAACGACUCUCCCAUCUCUGCUUGCUACUGCUCUGUGGUUCGCUCCAAUGAUCCCCCACUCGCGCUUCGCGCUCGUUCCCAGCUCGUCUCCCUGCUGAGCCUAAGAAGGAGCCAUUAUGGCUCUUGGCCUAAGAAAAGCCCACGGAGGAGGCAGUUGGCUACGUAGCUGGUAUAUCAAGCCAAUCUGGUGCCGAAAGAUUCUUUAGCAGUGUGCGUGGACAAAGUUAAAGCCUUUCCCGUCGUUUUCGAAUGUAACCCGUUGCCCUGAUGGGCUCCUGCCAUUAAAGGAGCUGUGUCACGAAAUUCAGCCAAAUUAGAAAAUUACAAAAUGCCUGUUAAAUUAAGAGAAACAUAAAAAUAACCGCUUAAAACUUAAAAGGAAGGUUAAAAUAACAUAACAGAAACAACAGAUGCCACGGAUGGGCAAAACUGAAGAAGAUUGAAACGGAUUGAAAUUAGGAUUUUUGAAUGAAAACUGUUCAGCCUAACAGUUUUUCAAAGUUGAUCCCUAAUGCUUGCAACUUCAAAAAUAAUGCUCAGGAGACAUAUUUGUGUGCCUCGGAUCUCUGAUUUUGUCAUCUACGUGUAAUUUCUUUGCUUACUUUAAGUUCCAUAGCGAUUGAGGGCGAGUAAUUCGCAAAAUUAAACAAAAUGAACUGGACUGCCGUGACACAGGCCCUUUAAUGAGUACUGUGUUUCUAAGUUAUGCAAACUAACGUACUGUUCUGUGGUGCUGUUUAUUGAGCUGUACUUGGUGGCCCUUGUUUCUUUAAUUUAUCUUAUAUUGGAAAUGAUAUGGAUGCUUUUUAAAUUCUGGACACUCAGGGGAGCGAAAAGAUUAACUUGUAAACUUAUUUUACUCCCUGUUUAGGUGAUUACAUCGUGUCCAUAGGCAUGCAGUACUAUUUGGAGGAGCUUUUUCACAAGUACAAAGUAGAUUUAGCCUUUUGGGGACACUACCACAGCUACGAAAGGACAUGUGCAGUUUAUAAGCAGACAUGUCAAAGUGAAGGAAUGGGCACCACACACAUCGUAGUGGGAUCGGCAGGAUUUGCACUGGACCAAGAGGACUAUUACAAAGUGGAGUGGUCUCGCUUUCACGAGAACGAUUAUGGAUAUGGCAGAGUACUGGUAGCAAAUAGGUCAGCACUUUAUUACGAGUGGGUUCGAAAUAAGGAUAAGGUCGUUAGGGAUAAAGUUUGGUUGAUAAAAUCAGAUUCGUAGAAAGAAGUAGAAGAAGAGAAACGAUGAUCUCAAAC